UGAAUAUGGGGCACGAAUAUGGAUGCGAGUGGCGCUAUAAAAGAAAGAUUGUCCGGAAGAAGCAGCAUUCUGUAUCCAGUACGUGGAUAGUUUACAUCAUGUCUACCUUCGCUUUUAUGGUCCUCUGCGUCCAGGCUUGCCUGAUCCAAAACGUGUACGGCCAGUACUUGGGCAGUCUGGGUGGUUGUGGUUGUGGAGCCGGCUGGAACGGUGUAGGAGCUGGUUGGAACGAACUCGGUGCUGGCUGGAGUGGAUUCGACGGUGGAUACGGCGGUGGUUGCGGUUCAUACGGAGGUGAGGGUAUCGGUAACGUUGGAGUCGCCGGUGAGCUGCCCGUCGGUGGUGUCACCGCUGUCGGCGGCCGCGUGCCCAUCAUCGGUGGUGUCGAGUUUGGAGGUCCCGCCUGCGCUAGAGGUGCCGUCUCUAUCUGCGGACACUGCGCUCCCACCUGCGGCUGUGGACGUGGUCUGGCUGGAUACUACUAAAGCUUUUAUUGAGAAUGGACUGCUUUAAAUAAAUUUUGAUCAACACAA